CAAUACAUGGUAUUCCGUGGAGGUGCUAGAGAAGUUCCACCGCCUCCGGUCCAAGCCCUGCAGCUCAGGCAGUGUGCAGCGGGAGAGGCACAGGCGGGAGCAGAUCCGCGCUAUCCGCCGACUCCAAGAUGGUGCCCGGCGGUCCCACAUGGUCAGUGCAUCAGCCGCCGCGGCUCCAGCACGGAGGGAGAUCGGCUCGCAGGGUGGAGAAAGCGGCGGUCUCCGCAGUCUACGCUGCAGCACAGCAGCCCCCUCGCACACCUUCUCAGCAGACCAACGCCACAACCGUAGCUUACACAGUCAGUCUCUGCGAUGGCCUGCGAGCAAGCACCUGCUUCUCAUCGCUGAGUUAUGUGUGACUGCACCUCAGGACUUGCGCUUCCUCCUCAGUACUGCAUAAUCCCUUCAACAUCUGAACCUUGAUGCAGUAACAUCCCUGGGAAAGAACGGUAGAGGUAGCCGAAUACCGAUGCCUACCAAUAAAAACACCUAGGGAGAUCCAUCACGUAUCUGUCACAUCCUGGGACUUCAUGGGAUUCUGUAGGUUGAAGCUAAGGUCUCCAUAGCAGGCAACAUCUCUAGACACUAGACCUCGUGAAGAUGAAUUCCAUUAAAUGUGUGUUGGUGGGGGAUGCUGCUGUUGGCAAGACUGCACUUCUUGUUCGCUUCACAUCCGAGACCUUUCCAGACUCCUACAGACCAACUGUCUAUGAGAACACAGGGGUAGAUGUUUUCAUGGAUGGACACCCCAUCAGCCUUGGACUUUGGGACACAGCCGGCAACGAUGCUUUCAAAAGUAUCCGUCCCAUUUCACUUCAGCAUGCAGACAUUGUCUUACUGUGCUUCUCAGUGGCCAACCACACCUCAUUUCUGAAUGUGAGGAACAAGUGGAUUACUGAGAUCAAACACCAUCUGCCACAUAUACCAGUGCUAGUUGUGGCCACACAGACUGAUCAGAGAGAGGUAAAUCACUCACGUGUACCAUGCAUCAGUUCGGCUGAUGGCAAGCAGCUGGCACAGGAUGUCCGAGCUAAAGGGUACCUGGAGUGCUCAGCUCUUAGCAACCGUGGAGUCCCCCAGGUGUUUGAAUGCGCUGUGAGGACUGCGGUCAACCAGGCCAAGAAGAGAGCCAGGCGGCAGCGUUUCUUUGUAAAUGAGUGCAAAAUUAUUUGAACUCUUGGCUGCAUCCUACUUACCAUCUAAUGCAGAAUACAUAUAGCGCCUUCAUCCAGAAACUUAACCAAGCACAGAACCACUGUUCAGGUAGUUACAGUGGUUGGUUUAAUUUUAAUGUUUCUAAAAACAAAACUAUGGGUAAAGGCAAAAAAUAAGAGAAUUUCUCGCUAGACUAAAAUCGAAGAUGGAGACAUUAAUGAACUUUAGAGAAUACGUUUUUGCUUUGUACAAAGAUAUUUAUUAGUGUAAAUAGGGUCCACAUUGGAAAAACAUAGUGGAUAAAUGAAAUUAUUUUGCAAAGAACCUCACACACGGGCUUUUCUGUGUGACGACGUUAAAAGGAAAAGCGAUGGGCGUCGGCACUUUCAGAACUCCCAGCCAAGUAACUGAAUCGAACCCUGGUCAAUGUGCAUUUAUGUGCACGGACAGCAGAUUUGCCUGUGAAGGACUCCAGUUACUGAACUGAUUAGUGCAUCAAAACCACUGUGCAGGUUCAAAUCCAUACAACGCGGACACUACCAACCUCGGAUCGACCGCAACAAGCUCAGACAUGACUUCUGUCUUCAGAUAGCCUAAUAAGAGUUUGCAGUGGAAGCAAAAAAAUAUUUUUCAGUAUCUGUAAACACGAGACCAUAUAGUUAUGAAAAAGAGAUACAUUUUGAAAAUUGUGAUAUGUGAAUAUUGAUGUUAGAGCAUUUACGGUAAAUUAUUUUGAUGGGUUUACACAAAUAUUUGAAUUCUGACAUAUUUUUAUUACGACCUGUAUGCAGCAUUGUGUGACUUACUAUAAGUUAUAGUGAUAAAACUGUGUGUCAUGUUUAAGAGAUGGCAUUCAAAUAUAUAAAGCAAUAAAAAUGUAGUUUUAAUGAUAUUAAUAAGUUUCACAUAUAAAUAUAUAAUAUAAUCCAUUACUAUAUUGCAUUGCCAGUUACUCUGGAUUCACACUGUUGAGCACUUUAUUAAUUUACUGUGAACUCACCUGGAAUUUUUUAGGUUCUAUUACUGGCAUUACCAAUAUUCUAGAUUAACGUUUUUUUUUUUUUUUUAAUAGGGGAUUGUCUUUUUAGAUUUAGUGGAUUAUAUUAUAUAUUUAUAUGUGAAACUUAUUAAUAUCAUUAAACAUACAUUUUUAUUGGUUUAUAUAUUUGUAUGUCCUCACAUAAAAUGAUACACAGUUUUAAAUCAUUGUAACUUUUUAUAUUUUAAAGCAAUUCAGAGUUGCUUUUGUGAAAGCAGCAUUAAUUUAUAAGGAGACCAUCAGGUUGUCUGAUACUGGUAUUUUGGGCCUGAUUAUUUUUUUUGUACUUUCUCUAAGCAACCAUGUUACAUGUGAGUAACUGAUUGGUGAAGUUUCCUGUAAAUUUCCCAUUUCCUUAUUCUUGCCGAUUGGCGAUUCGGACAUUAGUGAUUGGCUAGAGUUCACCCAAUGCGGCCAAUAUCAGUACACAUGUCCAAAAUGGACAGGGAUCCUGUUUCUAAGUACUGAGGCAGAGAAGGCCUGUGUGUUACCAGUAGAAGAUAAAUUGUUAAUUCACCAGUAUCCUCACCAUAGAGACAGAAAAUGGCUUAUUAAAGUUCAACAUUUCAAGAAUUAAGAACAUUUCUGUAUGAAAGGCAUUUGAUACAUUAUAUGUCAUGAUCUAAAUGUCAUUUAAUUUCCAUGUCUUCAUAAUGCCUUUCUUACAAUUUCUGAUUUGUAUUCAGAAUGGAUAAAAAAAUGUCACAUUGUUUCAAAAACUUUUCGCUUUAGAACUAAUAUUUAAAACUUUCUAUACAAAGAAUUUAUACGUUUUAUGCACAUUCAACUAAAAACAGU